AUCGUCAUGCUGAACAAUUUAGUGCUAUAUUGAACAGACAUAGACAUAUUGGAGUUGCCAUUGGUCAAGAACUAGAAAUUCAGAAUCGAAUGUUAUCUGAAUUGAGUGAAAACGUUGAUCAGACAGCAAGUAAAUUAAGAGUUGCUACAAAGAAGCUGAAUGCUAUUAGAUGA